AUGAAAGCCCUUGUUCUAAAUACAGCCCUGAAAAAGGCAAUCGUGGAAGAUGUCGAUCGCCCAAGUCCCGGUUCCCACGAUAUUCUUAUCAACGUGCGCGCAAUAGCACUAAACCCAGUAGAUGAACUAUACGUUUCGUCACCGAUUGCAGCUCAGGAGAAGAGAAUUGUCGGCACUGACUUCGCUGGCGUCGUUGUUGAAGCUGGAUCUGCGAUUGGUGAUUUACCUGAUCCAAGAGUCAAAAUCGGGACACGGGUGGCUGGUUUCCUCCAGGGCGCGUCAUCUGUGAAUGAUCGCCCUGGAGCGUUUGCAGAAUUCAUAGUCGUCCCUUAUGAUCUCGUAUGGAAGAUCCCUAAUAAUCUGACCUUCGAAGAAGCUUCGACAAUCAGCAUGUGUGGCUUGACUGCUGCUCAGGCUCUAUUCGGUCGGCUUGGCUUACCAUCCCCAUUUUCUUUGGCGCCGCAAGCCACGUCCGGAGGCGAUACGAAAAUCACCAACCUCUUCAUUUAUGGAUCAUCGACUUCAGUAGGACUGUAUGCCGCACAGCUUGCGCGUAUCGCUGCUAGGGUAUCUGAAAUGCCUAUUCGACUGAUAGGGGCAGCUAGUUCAUCUAAACAUGAAAUGCUUCGGCCGGAGCCCUACAGCUAUGAUAUCCUUGUGGAUUAUAGAGAUGAAGGCUGGGUUCAAAAGGUGAAGGAUGCGACAAACGGGGACGGCGUCGAUCUGGCGCUAGACUGCAUCUCGGAAGGUCAGACAGUGUAUAGAACCCACGAGACUUUGGCUCCUUCGGCAAAAUUUGCAGUCAUUCGCGGCCCAGUUGGAGGUCGAUAUGAUCCAGGACUACUAACUGUCAAACCUGCCUAUGGUGCUGUUUGGGAAGGUCUUGGCGUUGAAGUUGGAUAUAAUAACGCUGUUAUACCAGCAAAUCCAAAUGCGCACGCGUUUGCAAAGGAAUUUUAUGACUUCUUGAGUGAGCCACAUCCGUCAGGUAGAGCACAGCUCGAGUCAAAUCCGGUGAGAAUAAUGCCUGGAGGCCUUGAAAGGGUAGUCCAGGACGGCUUCUCUCUUCUGGGGACUGGUUUAGUGAGUGAGAGGUCAGAGAUUGAGAGACCAGAAGGUUACAUGCGCCCGAUAAGUGCUGAGAAGUUGGUAUAUAGUCUUUAA